UUCUUCCAUUCCUAAACCAAAUCAUCCCACCCCUAGCUAGCCAGAACAAAAUGGUGGCCUUCAGAUCAAAAUACCUUCUCAUACCGUUCCUCAUAUCACUACUUGUCAUCUCAGGCCUCGUCAUAUACAAACUUGUUAUCCAUUUCUCAAGCCAUUCCAAUACCACCCACUGCAAUCCUUCUUCCUGCGGGAGCAUCCACAAUAUCAGCUUCCCUUUUCGACUAAAUACUGAUCCAAAACAUUGUGGCAAUCCUCAUUACCAGUUAACCUGUGAACAAAACCGAACAGUGUUAACUUUACAUUAUUCCCAGAAAUACUAUGUUCAGUCCAUCAAUUACGACAACUACACUAUCCGUGUGGUUGAUCCUGAUGUACAAGAAAACAAUAAUAUGUGCUCCUUUCCCCGAUAUGCUGUAGCUCGGUACAGUUUUGCAGCUGUAAAAAAGUACAGUUUUUUUAGAUACCACGGUGGUAAUCCAUAUAGCAUAUUACGUGCCAAGAGGACACAAGAUUCCUGGGAAAAGUUGCAUCCAAUUCCUUUAAUUACUGUGCCAAUUAUUUUCCUGAGGUGUCCGUUUCCAUUGAAGUCUUCCACUUUUGUGGAAACCACUAAAGAGUGUUGGAAUAAUAAAAGCAGUAGUGGUAGGAAUAAUAAUGUUCCAUUUUACUCUUCUGCAGGCCACGCUUAUGCUAAGUUAGGCACUCUUAAUGCAUCGGAUUUAAGAAUUUCAUGCCGGGUUGAGCUCAUAACUAUGACUUCCUGGCGAAUUCAAGAAAAUAAUUAUGUGUCGUCUCAGAUUAAUAUUAGUCUAUUGGAAAUCCAUGAUGCUUUGACGUAUGGGUUUGAGCUAUCCUGGUUCCAGGCUCUUUGUGAUCAAAAUUGCUGGUGGAGUAAUGCAUGUGGACUUGAUGACACCACAAAUGAGAUUACCUGCUGGCACAACUACGGUAAGAAUUAUAUGAUAGGUGACUUGUACUAG